AUGAGAGAGGAGCAUAUUUUUAUUUUUUCGACUUUAUUUCUCCUUGUUUCUUCUUCGAUAAUUCAUAAAGCUCAUUAUGAAAAUGGUACCAAAGAAUUCAUAAUUGUGAAAGAGAUCAAAAGGAAUCAAUGCACUUGCUCAUGUAGCUGUACACCUGUUGAUGAAGUUGAAACCACUGUGCCAAGCACAAUCAACGAUGGAUUCAUAACCACCAGAGAGAUAUUUCCAGAGAACGAGAAUCUCGGCACGACAUCAUUAGCUCAAGUUACUACGGGUACGACAGAUGAAAUUUUAAGCACAAUUUCAUCAAAAAUAACGACCCAUACAAUUUAUUCAUUCAAUGAAGAAUUUAAUCAUAGCAUAAGUGAUCAGCUGCCAUCGCAGUCUUCUAAAAUUAGUCCACUACCAGUUUCUGAUUCGCCAGAUAUUCCAUUAACUGAAGCUACGAAAUUAGGAAUUGAUAGGCAUGAAACUGUUCAGCCUACUGACAUUCCAAGUAGUCAACAAUAUGAUACAUUAGAAACGAAAAAUUUUGGUAGUCAAGAAUUCAGUAGUACAAAAGCUAUUUCAUUUAUAACUGAAACAGCUUCCUCCACUGCCAGACAGUCAAGGGAAUUCGCCGAAGACGACAAUUCAACCACUGAGUCUAACGACCGUGAAACAAACACCAGUCUUUUUGUUAAUGAAACUUAUACUACGAUAAAUGAAAACAAUACAAAUGAACCUAGUUCAUCCACUGAUUCAAUUAUAUCAAAAUCUUCACCAUCAGUGUCUAUUAAAUCACCUAAUAUAAAUGAUUUGGUCUUAUGGGGCCUCGAAGCCUUGAAAAUAACAGAGGAAAGUCAACAGGCAACGACAAUGGAUGCUAAUACUCGCUCAGACGAAAUUGCCUUUGGAGAUGACGAUGAACUGAAAUCUUCAACAUUUGCUGCGAUAGAUUCUAUUCCGACAACCGAAACACAGAUAGAUGAAGCGACAGCAGCUAAUGACAAGGAAACAGAUUUAAACAAAAAUCCAGCUUUAACGACAACGAAUUCAAUAUUUACAACCUCUCCACGGUUAAAAGAUGAAGGGAGUUUUAAAGUUGAAAUUGCACUUGAUGAAGAACAAACAAAAUUUCAAAAAUUUAAUGACAAAAUAAAACAUAUACACGAAGCUUGGUUAAAAGCAUUAGAAGAAUUGCGAAGACGAAUAGAAAUACAACACAACUUGGGAAAUCUAACAGUUUUUGCUGGGAAAUCGCAAAAAAUUGAGAACCGUUCAGAUGAAGAUGAAUCUCACGCAGAUUUAUUCGAAAAUUCAGAGAACUUUUCAACGAUGCCAAAUUCUUUAAGUUCCUCUCACAAAAUCUCAGAUUCGUUUAACGCAUAUUCACAAGAUUCUGUCGAUUCUCUUGAGAACAUUAAAACUACAACAACAUCUUCAACAGUUCCAUUUAUACAUACUGCAUUCUCCAGUGAAUCUCGUAAUUCAGAAACCAUAGUAUUUCCAUCAUCUACAGUUUCUACUCAUACACUAACAGUGGUCGAGCAAGCUUUUUCAACAAGUAAAACAAUGGCUGAUGAAACCCCGAAAUACGAGACUGCCGAUUCAUUCACAAUAUCUGAUAAUAACAUGGUAGCCACAUCUAGUACUAUUGAUAAUAUUGAUGUAUUUCCAUCUGCUGGUGAAACUGGUACAUUACAAAUAAAUAUGACAGUUAAGCCAGGUGUAAACUGGAAUACUCCAAAUGUUCAUAACACUAAAUUUAUAAAAAUUGGAUUGGAAGAAGUUACAAAUCUGACCGAUGGAAAUAUAGAUAAAAGCAACAUGCAUGAUGAAAGCACAGGGGUAACAGAUCCAAAAUCAAGUUCAAAUUCGCAUUUUCGAAAGCAAUACACGAAUUUGCCAGAAGCUGAAGAUGAUGCGAAAAAUGACACCUCUGGUAUAUCAAAAAUGCCUUCAAUAAAAAACUCGCAGGAUGAAGCAGAAAAGUCCAUUUCAUUACCUGAAAUAGAAUUCCUUGUUGACAAUCCAUUUGAAAGUUCGGAACCAACUUCACAAGAAAAACCACUUGAAUAUUUCCCCGCAUUGGCCGUGACACCAGAAAAUUCACCAUCGAUUGAUGAAUUGCUUCGAAAGAUACAAAUGGAAAGAAAUGUAGCUCGUUUGAAGGAGUUUGAAAUGCAACGAUUUCGUGAGGAAGAAGAACAACGGUUAAAAGAAUUGGCCAGGAAAGAAUUCAUUGCGGUAGAAAAAGAGCGAAGAGAGGAAACGACGGACCAAGUGUCUCAUUUAGGUAGCAUUAAUGAAGCACGAAAACGACUAGAAAAGGCCAGACAAUUGCGCGAACAACAGCGCAGAUUCGAUAGGGUACAAGAAUUAAAUCGGGAAGCGGCAAUGAAAUUAGAGAUCGAACGUCAGGAACAAAUCAACAAACAACUCGAAUAUUUAACUGAAAUAGAAAGAAAACAACGAGAACUAAUCGAGCGGCAAAAACUGCGAGAACGUACAAUUGAUAACAGUAGCACUACUACAUCGAGUGGGCUAAAAAGCUUGUCACCAAGGCAGUGUAAGGCAAUACGGGAAUUCGCUAAGAUCUUCAAAAUGUCAAACCCAUCUGAAUGGGUGCAACUGAACUGCCAGUUUGCAAAGCAAUACUUUCCUCACGCCAGUUGUUCACAUAUUGCGCAGCUAUUUGAUUCGUGCAUUAGAUAG